AUGCGGCGAUUAAUACUGAGGCAACUCGUUGAAGACUACGCGUGGAGUGAGAGUGAGGGAGUCAAGACGGACUCGGAUGUGAGCGACAGCUCGGAGGAGGUGGUGCAGGAGGCACCGAUGGUUAGGAUGCGUUCCAAACGAGGUAAGCGGUCCAGUCGGGCGGGACCUGUGUUGCGUUUGCAAACCCCUAGCCCCCUGAGGGCAAGGAUUGGAAUCGAUGCCAGAUCGGUGGUUCAUUACGGUAUCCGAAAGCUGCCUGACACCGAGAGCGGGCUGUGA